AUGGAGAUGCAACCGAUUCUAGAUGUUGGUUGUAGGCCUAGCGGUAACUUUUGGUACGUUAUCAGUUCAUCUGGAACUUCUCCUAUUGCCAGGGUUGGACAUGCUAGCGUUGCUGUUAGUAAUGACGAGAAUUGCAAGGCGGGAAUCUAUGUGAUUGGUGGAGCUAAUCCUGAUGGGCCGUUCUGCGACGUCCAUCGCCUUGAUACAAUGACAUUUGAGUGGGACAAGCUGACUACAAGAAAUGAAUUUAUUGCUCGAUAUGAGCAUGCUGCGUUUACUCCUAUUGUUAAACCAAACUGUGUGUAUAUAUUUGGAGGUGCAUUUCAAACUGCAAAUCUGAACAGCAUCGACGUCUUGGACACAGACACCAGUUUGUGGAGCACUCCUUGUGUAUCUGGAACUUCUCCCUCUCCUCGUACUCAUCAUGCUGCCGCAUCAGUUGGGAAUGAGUUGUACAUAUUUAGUGGUGGUCAGUCUCAAGCAGUUCCGGUUUCCGAUAUUCAGAUGCAUGUUUUUGAUGCAGGUAGUCAUCAGUGGAGACAACCAGAAUGUCAAGGAACACCUCCAUCUCCCAGACAUGGCCACACAAUGGCUUCGGUUGGAACAAAGAUUUUCGUCCAUGGUGGUAUGGCUGAAACAAAAUUCUAUGACGAUCUUUUUGUCUUCAACACAGAGACAAUGACCUGGAGUCAACCAACAGUGGGUGGCAAUAUACCAAUAGCACGUGCAGCACAUUCAUCAGCUGUUGUUGGAAAGAGGCUGUACGUUUUUGGGGGCAUGAGUGAGACAGGAGCUCUUAAUGACCUUUACGUUCUGAAUACAGAUACCAACAUAUGGACCCUAGUUGAAUGUGAAGGCCACCCUCCUGCACCUCGAUUAGCUCACACACUAUGUACCAUGAAGAUUCCAAUAUUUCAUGAUGCUGAUUCAUCAGAAUCUGUAAUGAAGGAAACGCAAGCAAGCCCUGGCACAAGAAGCAACAGUGUCAAUCAACAUCAUUCCAGUGGAGACAUUUCAAGCCCACAACUCGUUUCAGUACUGUCUCCCGAGACGUAUGCCUGUGAUGUUACAGAAAAGAAGCAGAUUAGGAAGAGGAGAUCCGCAGUAGUAUGCAGCUAUCAAACUGCUCUUAUGGUUUUGGGAGGUAUGGACACCCAAGGAACAAUAUACGACGACUGUCUUGUCUUUCCUGUGGCCGAAUCAUAAGUGAUGCUAGCAAUUCACAUUCACUUGUGGACAACAUACAUGGCAUUCCAUGGUGGAAUGUGACCGUACGUGGCUGCCCGUAACUAGGAUGAUGAUGUUUAGCUCCAAUCUACAAUGGAGUUCAAUGUGUAUAUACUGCACUGUACUCAUCAUGUAAUAAGAGGUUCAAAUUAUGA